GCUGCCAUCAUUUUAUAGGCGGACAUAAAUCUUUAUUACACAGCAGUGUGCACACUGGUGUAGGUGCACUCGUCUGGCGCGUUUCACACACUUCGUACGUUUGUUGUUGUUGUUAUUGUUUUAUGUUCUAUAUAUAUAUGAUCAGAAACCUGAUGCUGGAUGGAGAGUUUUUACCACAUUCUAAAAACCACAACACAGGUUUUUAAACAUCACUGACAUCCGCUGACCCAGCGGCGCUCCUGGGCAACUGUUUGCCUAAAUUGAAUGAUCGAUAAGCCUUAAAACGGUGCCGGAUGGAUCCGUGCGCAGGUCCCGUGUCACCCCUCGCAGGUAAAAACCCUCCGCGGGGUCGUGUGCUCGCCGAGCCCGACGAGAGCGAGCGAGCUGAUAGCGCCGGAGCCCCAUGAUGUGGUCUGGUGUGGGGGAGGAUAGCGCCAGCCAGAUAAACACUCGGCAUUGGUUCGCAGCAGCAGGAGUAACAUGGCGGCACGGCUAGCCAGCAGAAAUGUUGUUUCGCUGCCGCGAAGGUCAGAGCCGCGUCUCGUGACUGGAAUUUAACAGCGACGACUAAGGACCGAGAGCAUUCGAAACCAGGGAGAAGUGGAUGAUGCUCAAAAGGUUUCCUCACAUUACCGUCUUGCAGCAAUGGCCUGAGGGACUCUCUGGACUGGAACCAAGACGCUGAUAUGCAUUGAGGAUGAGUGGCGUCGGUGAAAACUCAUCUGACCCUGCCAGGGCAGAGUCAAGAAAACGCAAAGAAUGUCCUGCUGAACUUCUAGGACCCAGUCCCAAGCGGAGCAACGAGAAGCGCAACCGCGAGCACGAGAACAAAUACAUCGAAGAGCUUGCCGAGCUGAUCUUUGCCAACUUCAAUGACAUCGACAACUUCAAUGUCAAGCCUGACAAAUGUGCAAUCCUGAAGGAAACUGUGAAGCAAAUCCGACAGAUAAAGGAGCAAGAAAAAGCUGCAGCCGCAAAUGAGGAGGAGGUACAGAAGGCCGACGUGUCAUCGACAGGCCAAAGUGUGAUUGACAAAGAUGCCCUGGGACCGAUGAUGCUGGAGGCCCUGGAUGGCUUCUUCUUUGUGGUGAACAUGGAGGGUAACAUUGUGUUUGUGUCCGAGAACGUGACCCAGUACCUGCGCUACAACCAGGAGGAGCUGAUGAACACCAGUGUCUACAGCGUGCUGCACGUCGGCGAUCACGCAGAGUUCAUCAAGAACCUGCUGCCCAAAUCCCUCGUGAACGGUGUCCCAUGGUCCAGCGAGGGUCCAAGGAGGAACAGUCACACGUUCAACUGCCGAAUGCUGGUCAACCCCCACAGCAAGAGCCAGGACGAACCGCACGACCACGAGCCCCAGCAGCAGAAAUAUGAGACCAUGCAGUGUUUUGCCGUUUCGGAGCCCAAGUCAAUCAAGGAGGAAGGAGAUGACUUCCAGUCAUGCCUUAUCUGUGUGGCGCGCAGGGUGCCCAUGAAGGAAAGACCCAUGCUUCCCACGCAUGAGAGCUUCACCACGCGCCAGGACCUGCAAGGUAAGAUUACGUCCCUGGAUACCAGUCUGCUGCGGGCAUCAAUGAAACCAGGCUGGGAGGAUCUGGUGCGGCGCUGUAUCCAGAGGUUCCACCUACAGAAUGAUGGAGAGAUGUCCUUUGCCAAGAGACAUCAGCAGGAAGUGCUCCGCCAUGGCCAAGCAUUCAGCCCCAUCUACCGGUUCUCCCUCUCCGAUGGAACCAUCGUGUCGGCCCACACCAAAAGCAAACUGGUGCGAUCGCCCGCCACCAACGAACCCCAGCUUUACAUGUCCCUGCACAUUCUCCAGAGGGAGCAGACGGUGUGUGGAAUGGGCCAGGAUAUGGGUCCUGGCAAUCAGGCCACAGGGAUGGCUCCAAAGCCCAUGAACUCCUCCACUCCCUCCAUGACUCCUCCAACCCCAGGCAGUUUGCCAGGUUCGGGGCCUCAGGGCCAAGACACUACCAUCAGCGGCAACAGCACGCCUUUUUCCCCUCCAGGCCCUGCUGGCCCCAGGGAACCAGCCGCCAUGGGCCAUAUGCAGGGCUACCGUUUUGGCUGCCCCCCACCACACAACCACACUGGGGGCAUGCAGCCACCGCAGCAGGGCCCAAACUGGAGGAUGAACAGCCCCUCUCGCGCGAGCCCCAGCCCAGCCGGCGGGCCCCAUCCACCUCAGCAGAACUCUAUGCUGUCGCCCAGGCAUCGAGGUAGUCCUGGUGGGGCGGGCAGCCCUCGUGUUGCCGGAGGCCUGCACUCACCGUCCCCAGUGGGGAUGUGUGGUGGAGGACCUGGAGGAGCAGGCAGCAGUGGCUACACAAGCAGUUCUUUGUCAGCUCUGCAAGCCCUAAGUGAGUGUCAUGGCGUAGGUCACGGGCAUGGGCCCCCUCAUGCACAUACACUGGGGUCUCCAGACCGAAAGAUAGGCUCCCCAGCAGGGGUCACAGGGGGAUCAGGGGUUAACUCUCAUCUGAUGUCAAAAAUGGGUGGAGGCUGUGGUGGUGCUGGUGGUACAGGAGACUCAUUUGGCCCUCACACAGAGGUGGGUCAGGGGCACACGCAAGGCCAGACAGAGGGCAAUCUAGUCGAGCCCAAGGAAGAGAGGGAAGGGCCCCCUGAGGGCCACGACACCCACAACCGUCUUCAUGACAACAAGGGCCACACCAAGCUACUGCAACUGCUUACCACCAAGCCAGAACCUCUCGAGACACCCCUGUCCCCUGGCGAAGGCAAAGACCAGGCAGGGGUCCGGGGCGGCCACAUGGGAGGGAACACUCACACCACAUCCCUCAAAGAAAAACACAAAAUCCUCCACCAGUUGCUUCAGAACAGUACGUCUCCAGUAGACCUGGCCAAACUCACUGCAGAGGCCACAGGCAAGGAGCUGGGAGACCAACCCCAGGGCGCUGGUAGUACAGCCGCCGGGGCGGACAUUGCUCCAAAGCAGGAGCCCCUGAGCCCUAAGAAGAAGGACAACGCCCUGCUACGAUACCUACUGGAUAAGGACGACACUGUACUGAAGGACAAGGUCCCGAAGCUGGAGCCUGGGGAAGUGAAGGUCGAAGGAGGCAAAAACAGCCAUGUCAAGGUGGAGAAACAAGACGCAGGAUACAACCGGGCUGAGCAGUCGUCGGAGCUGGACGACAUCCUGAACGACCUGCAGAAUGCACAGCCGCAGCUCUUCUGUGAGCCUCGGCCUGUGUCGCUGCCCAGUCCCAUGGACAAACAGAACAUCAUCAACGACAUCCUGCAGAUGUCCGAGAACAAUCCGGCCAUGGUGGCACAGCAGCAGCAGCAGCAGCAGCAGCAGCAGCAGCACAGGGCCAUUGGCACUGGCAUGGGCCCAACGAACUUCGGGGUGGUCCGACCAGGCCAACCAGUCAGGGGUCUGCCUGUGAGGAGCGUGUCCCUGGAAAUGAAUGUGUCCCCCCAGCCGCCCACAUUACAGUACCCCAUAAGGGCCACGAGCCCCUACACUCUUAUGCAGCAGCAACAGCAGCAAGGCAUGGUGGGGAGUCACGGCAUGAUGGCUAACCAGGCCGGUAUGGUCAACGCAGGACUCAUGGCCCCUGGUGGUCCACGGCCAGGUAUGCAGCAGCAGCAGGAGGGCUGGGCGGGCUCAGCCUCCGCCCCUCCUCUAGGAGCAUCUGGCCCAGGGCAGGGCAGGAUGGGGCCAAACGGUGCUCCAAUGAGGCCCAACAGCCAGCCAGGGCCCCGGCAGAUGCUCCAGUCCCCUAUGAUGCCCAAUGUCCAACCUGACAUGGAUAUUGGAAUCGUCAGCCACCAUUUCUCCCAGCAACAAGCCCCACCCAACCAGACGGCCCCCUGGCCCGACAGUAUGAUGCCCAUCGACCAGACGGCGUUUGUAAACCAGAACAGUACGGGGCUCGGCUCUGGUGAAGGCAGUGCAGUCGACGAGGGGGUCCUGAUGUCCCAACUCUACACUGCACUUAAAGAUUUUGAUGGUUUGGAAGAGCUCGAUCGUGCUCUCGGGAUCCCUGCUCUCGUGGAACAGGUGAGACCGAGCCAGUCCCUGGAGCCGGACCAGUUCCCCCAGGAGUCCUCCAUGAUGAUGGACCAGAAGCCCCCCAUGUACACGCAGCAAUUUGGUCCCCCACCAUCCCACAUGGCCCAGAGGGGCUACCCUGGGGCUCCCUUGCAAGAGCCUGGCUUCCACCCCAUGUCUGGCCAGAUGGCACCACGGCCGGGUUACCCCAUGAUGAGGAUGCAGGCGCGCCCCGGACUGAGGCCCCAAGGGGUCGUCCCCAACCAACCCAACACACUACGGCUGCAGCUUCAGCACCGGCUACAGUCACAGCAGAACCGUCAGCCCAUGAUGACUCAGAUGAGUAGUGUGUCAAAUGUGAACCUACCUCUCAGGUCCAAUGCUCCAAACCAGGGAACCAUCAAUGCUCAGAUGCUGGCGCAGCGUCAGCGGGAGUUGCUGAGUAAUCACCUGAGACAGAGGCAGCAGCAGCAGCAGGUCCAGCAGGCCCAACAGGUCCAGCAGCAGAGGAGCAUGGCCAUGAGAGGCCCGGGCCUCAACCUGCCUCCCAACAUGGCCGCCGGAGGCAUGAGUAACCCCCGGAUUCCCCAGGCCAACCCCCAGCAGUUCCCCUACCCGCCCAGCUACGGUACCAGUACAGGCCUGGCCUCGCCACCUCCCCCUACAAGCCCCUUCUCCUCCCCUCUCUCUCCCAGCCUGCCCUCUCUCCCCCCCAACCCUCAGCUCCACCUGCAUGGCACCUCCUCCUCUUCCUCCACCUCCUCCUCCUCCUCACAGAUGAUGAUGGGAAACACAAGCAUGAUGGGCGGACAGUACGGGGCCGUACUCAGCCCCCAAAUGCAGCACAGUGCCUUUCAGUUUCCAAACUCAGGUAUGAGCCAACAGGCAGACGGAGGCUUUGGAGGUCCCGGCACGCCACAGAGUCCCCUGCUUUCCCCUCGCAUGGCCCACACGCAGUCCCCCAUGAUGCAGCAGGGCCAAGCUAAUGCUGCUUUCCAGGGGUCGCCUGACAUGAACGGCUGGCCGCAGGGCAACAUGGGAGGCAACAGUAUGUUCUCACAGCAGCAGACGUCACCACAGUUCACCCAGCAGAGUAACACCAACAUGUACAAUGGCAAUGGCAUGAACCUCAAUAGCGUCCCCAUGGCCAACAACAUGGCAACGAGCAGCAUGGGCACCAUGUGCCAGAUGGCGGGACAAAUGAGCACCACGUCCAUGGCCUCAGGGCCCUCACCCAGCUUGCCCUCAAUGGGGCAAGAACAGAAGUACUGUUGACCCUCAUGGAGUUCUUACUGGACCUCAGUGAUCAGCUGGUGCAAGGAGCACGUCGGCCCUUAAAAAAUUGUACAAACAUCAAAAAAAAGAAAAAAAAACGACGGCCCCUUGAACCAGCCGAGGCCGCGCCCCGACCCCGUCCCCCCAGCCGAAAUGUUGCUGUCUGUCCCGGCUGGGCCUCUCCGGCGACCCUGGGUGAGCCCCCCCCCCCCCCCCCUCCAAAACAUACGCAGGAGCGUGAAGAGGGCUGGGGAAGGAUCACGGAUCUCUGUCCCAACAUGCCUAGCCCUCCGAGAGGAGCGCCUCACGAUGAGUCUGUCUGCCUGUCCAGCUGCAUUCACCGUAGUGUGACUUACUGUGGGCCUCCUGGUGGGGGGGACACUGACUUUAGGGGGGCAGCAGUGGGUGAGAUCCCUCGUUCUGAUGAAUGUAUUCCUCUCAGUGGACAGCGGCCAUUUACAAUCUCAUCUCAAAAAUUACAUACACUGAUUUUUUUCUUUUUUCUCCUCUGUCCUACUUUUUCUCACACAUUUGUGACAUUUCCACAUUGAUCCAAAAUGGCAGCAAAGACUCCCAAGUUAUGUUCAGAGUUAUGGAUGGAUCUCAAACACUUAGCCGGUUUUGCCUUUUUGCUGUUCUUUUUAUUUCAUUAUUAUUAUUUUACGUUUGUUUUUGUUUUUUUCCUGUGAGAAAUAAGAUGUAGAUUGAACAUGUGGUUGAAAAAAAAACUGAUCUUGAAAAAAAAACUGCAGAAUAAUGGUUUGAGUGGAAUGGUGAUUUUUAUGAUUAGACUAAUUUAGUCAAGAGGUUUCUAUAGUGUAUUAAAUUAAGUUUUAUUUUUCUGUAUAGAUUCAUUUUAAUUAUUGUAGAUGGUUCUUUAUCCUAGUAGCAACGAGAAAAAAUGAAAGUGUGAACGAGGCACUUUUUUAUAUAAUUUUAACAGUAAUGGUUGUAUUCUUUCUGAGAAGACUCGUCUAUUAACCUGAGUAAUGAAUUAUGCUUUGGUCCUGUAGUUUCAGCAGAAGAUGUCAAAGUCAAAUAUGGUUUAAAGAUGAAUUACAGAGAUUGUACAUACCAAUAAGUAAGACAUUUUCUUUUCUAUUUAUUUUAUUCCUUAUGGUUUUGGUUUCCCCUGUCUGGUCAUAACACAAGUUUUUGUGUUUCGUUUUAUUUUAUUUUUGGAUGUUGUUGUUUUGUUUUUUUUCUUUUUGUUUUGUUGUUUUAGGGGAAGUGGAGUGGGAGCCUUCGUGUUCUGAAGUGCUGGUACGAUGCAGACAGGGGAGCGGGUGGGAAGGAGGGAAGGGUCCUAAGGGGGUGUGCUGUGUAUAAUGUACAGAUUAUCGCUUGCUUCUCUGCUUUUAGCAUAGAACACAAAAAAAAGAAGAAGAAAAAAACGACAGGACAAACUCAACACAGCCAUACAAUAACUCUGAAAAAAAAAAAAUACAAAAUAACAGAAGUGUGCUUUCUAUGUUGUCUGGAGUGAAAAUGCUUCAUACAAGCUGCUAGGUGCAAACUGUUCCGGUGUGAUGUAAACAAGCAAUAACGAUUACUUGAGAAUCUCUUAGAGGUUUUUUGGGGUUUUUUUGUCUUUUUUUGUUUUUGUAAUUUUUGUACAGUUUCCUUGAAGAAGAAGAAGAAAAAAAAACACCUAUUUGCUCCAUGUUUGGAUGCAGUAUUAAACAAAGUUUUCUAUUGCAGUUUGUACCAAGAAAGUCUACAUCCACUCACAGCGUUCCUAUUAGAUUAUGCAGCGCUGGCUGAGGCCCUCGGAGAGGGAGGCGUGUCGUGAUGAUCUCCCCUGAUCGCACGUGCUUCUCUCUGCCUCCAGCCGUUUCUUCUAUAGCAGAGGUCAGAGUUACGACUGCACGGUUCACGGGACCGGCUCUGACAAGACACUUAGCCAUAUUUUAUGACCUCAGGCAGUUGCGUUCAACUGUGAAGUGUUCGGUAACGACGUGCUAUUUUUGUGCCCCAGUUAGGGGUUCGGUUUGACCUUCACACGACCUAAAGCAAGUCAUCCUCUCUAACCUCAAAAGUACAUUUUUCGUCAAAGAAAACUAAAACUUUUAUAUAUAUAUUGAGUUAUUUAACCCAGGACAGACAUGGAGCAAAGCCAAAUAAUCCUCACCUUUUCAAUUGGAUCUCAGAAUUCCUACCAGCUUUUUAUUUUCGUAGUUAGAUGACCUGUUGGUUAGCACGCCGACGGAGGCCCGCGAGAAAUCUAUGAUGAUGUCACUUAACAGGGUCUAAUGUAGAUGUCGCAGCAUCAAACUCAGAAAAAAAAAGAAUCAUUCUGAAUGUAUUGUCAUUUAAAGGCCUAUACGGAUGUGACUGACGGUGUUUCUUGUCAACACGUUGACAACACGGUGUUGUGCGGUCGCGCCGGGAUUUUCUCAGCAUUUACAGAGGAAAAGUCGUCCAUCGUUGCUUUUCUUUUUCUUUCUUUUUUUAAAACAACGUUCUUUAUGAAAUUUGAAGCUGUAGCAAGUCAAACUUUGGGACGGGACGCCUGCGUCAGUGUUUUUCGUUUGUCACGGCCUACGGGAGAUCACGCUUCUCUGAAAAAGUGGUGUUGGGAUUGUAGAAUACAGUCGUGCAGAACGAGCCUUUUUGAGCCCUGUUGAAGAAUGAUUUAGAGCCCUUUGCAAAAUUUCCAAAGAUUGUCAAGAUUUAGAAAAAAUAAAUAAACUUAAAGCCAUGUGGUAGCAAUGCAUUUUUUAAAGCAUUUAUAAUGAGGACAGGUGCAAAAGAAAUGAUAUUUGCAGGCCUGGAUAUAUCCAGGCUUUGGAACCCACUUAACGAAAUCAAUUUUUUUUUCUUCCCUCCUUUAACUUAUGGUUUUUGAAGAACUUUAAAUGCCCUUUUGUAUUGUCUGCCAAUUUCUUAGAGCUAAGAUGCAACCUUGAAAUGCUACAAACCCUAGCAUAAUGCCUUAGAUUUCGCCCGUCCUCGCUCUUGUACAUUACACCACUGUCUGUAAAUGAAUUUGUGUAACGACUUGUGUACAACAUUGAAUGGGUGCGCCAUCGUCCGACUCCUCUCAGUCUCAGUUGGACUCUCCCUCAACAUCGCUCUCUGUUCUGUGUUGGGUUACCACCCCCCACCCCCUCUCACUGUUUGUAUUGAAAAAGAUGAUACAUAGGGAUAUUGAAGCAAUAUGUAAUAUACUAUAUGGACUUUUUCUGAAGAAAGCUUACUGUUGUGUUUUCCCGGGAUUUUUUUAUUUUUGUUCUCCGCAUUGUUCACAGGAAUCACACUGUACACCUGCAUCCACCUUUGUACCCCUAGUGUGUGAGCGUUUUAUGCAAAAUUAGAUAAAGAGAAGUUAAAAACCACAGUUAUGCAAGUUGUGAACUAAUAUGGCUUCGCUGAUGCUAUUUGCCUUGUAAAUAAAGAAUUCUGUUAUUGCAAUAUUUAA